AUGUGGGUGCUCCCUGCAGGAGGACGGGCGUCACUGGGCGGAGUUAGAGGAGCUCUGGCAUCUGAAGACAAGAAGAGAACCGCACUCCAGGAGCGUGAAACACAUGGUUGCUGUGCUAUUCUAACGCAGCCUAUGGUAACUGUGGACCGGGGUUUAAUUCGUGACAGCUGUGUCCAGCACAGCCUCUCUACGAUGGAUACUAUCAUGAUUGGAAACUAA